CUUAUGGGCACAGGUGCUUUAUGAGACAUGAGUUUUUUAGUCUCUUUCUUGUUUUUUCAAUCAAUAAGGAUGACCUUGAUCUCUGCCAUGUUUAUUAUGGUUCCCAUGGUAACUACAGCUCACAGAUAGAGGGAGGCUUGUUCCCUAGCAACUGUCUCUGGUGUUUACCCUUCAUUCCACCUCCAUACCUGGACUUCAGCAGGACCUGCCUGGUUGUAAGAAUAACUUUGGCAUCUCAUCAGAGACCAUGAAUCAGGAGGUGCCACAUGCCUUAGCUUCCCUGACACCUGACCUGGCAAAAAGUGACUCUGUGCUGGCUGGCAGUUCAUCAGUGGAACCUGGGGAAGUGAGAAAGGAGCAUCUUCCAGCAGGCUCACGGCCCAGCAGCCGGAGAACAUCUCUACAGAGUUCCAGCAGAACCUCUUGGAAGAUCGCCAAAGGCCCAUCAGCUCAGGGAGUUACAAAGAACUCCACAUCUGUCAGAUAUCAGACAUCUCCUUCUGCAAAGUGUGUUCAGAAUAAAAGCCACAGCAAACAGAGUUUCCAGGCCAAAACUUCCUCCAUUACAGAUCUUCAUUCAAGAAGACUUGAAGAGGAAGGAGGAGAUACUUCUGCCACGAAAGACCCAGCAGUGAGGCAUGAACUAAGAGGGAGGAACAGCAGUUUCCGCCUCUCUGCACUGUCCAGGCAGAAGGAGGCAGAAGACAAACCAAGCUCAAAUGCCAAAGAACCACCAGCAGGCCAGCACCGAACACUGGGGUCUAGGGUGCCUGGAUCUCCCCAGAAGACCACAAAGGCCAGCUACAAAGAGGCCAAGGAAACCCGCUGCAGAUUAAGUGCCAAAGAGUCCUUAGCAUCAUUAGGGCAAGAUGUGAAAGCAGAGGGGAAGCUUCUUCUGGAGAAGAAAAACACCUUAAUGCAUGCUAACAGCAAAUAUAAGUCUGUCAGUGCAGAUGAACUUACCAGCAGUGAAGAGGAACGGCAGGCUCUGUGCAAAGCAGGACUAAUCAUAGGGCAGAAAAGGCUCAGCGACCGCACUGAGAUGCUGCAAAACCCUCUGACCUCUACAUCUUUUGCUGAUUACUACCAGCUGGGUUUUAAUCUGAGGUCAAAUAUCUUCCAAGGUGGCCCACUGGAGAGCAGAAGCUUGAUGAAAGAUUCAUACACCCCUGACGUAAUUCAGAAAGCAAUCAGAGAUCCAAAGAAUUGGCAUGGAAGGAGGACUGAUGAGCUAGGGAGAUGGCAUCAGAAAAAUGCCCUAAAUCUUAACCUGCAGAAAGCAUUUGAAGAGAAAUAUGGGAAGAACAAAGGCAAGCCUUAGAAGAAUAAGGUUAGGGAUUGGACUGCUUUCAACAAGGGAUCUUCUUCUUCAACCAUCUAAUAAACCUCCAUAUAAGCCUUCUGCCAAUUGCUUGUUAGGUGUCAACAGCAGGUGUGUUGGUCGUGCUCUCUUCUCUUCCCAGUUAGGGAGUCUUCUGGAAGUGGAAUGCCAGAGAAAAUAUAUGUAUAUGGAAAAGAAAUUUGCUUUGUUGGU